GAACGCUCCAUCUUCCCAGGCUCCCAGGUCAUCCUGAGGCGAUGCAUCACCGUGGAAUAACUCGCUGAACCCUCAAAAAACUACAUCGUCGAAAUUCCGAUUCGGAACGACCAUACCCAUAUACCCACGGCCCAAAACUCGUCUCUCUUGACUCGACUUCUUCGAACCGAUCAACCGGACCAGCUGCAGCUUUCAGCACAACACAAUGCUCGUCCUUCCCGGUGCCUCCUCGCUCUCGACGGUCAAGCGUGCCGUCCUCACCCGAUCAUUCCAGACCGCCGUUCCCGCCGUCACUUCGGUCGACAGCGUCUACCUUCACCUUGUCCAGCCUACUUCGGACGAAACGCUUGCAGAGCUCCAGGACGAGAAGGCCAAGCCGAGAGAGAUCUUGAAGAGCUUGUUGACGUAUGGGGAUGACGACCGGUUGGAUUCGACCAAGACAUACUUGAGCUCGUCACAGUUGGACCCUCAGCAAAAGGACCAGGAUGGGCAAUAUACCUUGCCUCUCUACGUCCUGCCUCGACCGGGAACCAUCUCCCCCUGGUCGUCAAAAGCUACCGAUAUUGCCCGGAUAUGCCGACUCGGCUCUCACGUCAAGCGUAUCGAACGUGGGUUCCUCUACGUCGUCCGAUCGUCUUCGCCUAUCACCUUGCAGGACGUACAAAAGGUCCUCCCGGACAUUCACGACAGGAUGACGCAGACGGUCAUGACGGAUACUCCUGCGGCUUUCCUCGUCUUCCCCCCUGUGCCGCCUAAACCGUCUCCCUUGGUCACCAUCCCCAUCUUGACCGCCGAAGACCCUACCGCACUGCUCAAAGAAGCCAACGUCAAGCUCGGUCUCGCUCUGUCAGAGGAAGAGAUUCCUUACCUCAUCUCAUCUUUCCUCGCCGCCAAGCGUAACCCUACCGACGUCGAGCUCUUCAUGUUCGCCCAGGUAAACUCGGAACACUGUAGGCACAAGAUCUUCAACGCCGAUUGGACCAUCGACGGCGAAGCCCAGCCGAUGAGCUUGUUCGGGAUGAUCAGGAAUACCGAAAAGGCUUGUGAUUCCAAGGGUACCAUCUCGGCUUACCAGGACAACGCCGCCGUGCUCGAGGGUUAUACCGCGCCGAGGUUCAUGCCGAGGGAGGAUGGAACGUACGAGGCCAACCUCGAACCCAUGCCCAUCCUCAUCAAGGUGGAGACCCACAAUCACCCUACUGCGGUUUCCCCCUACCCGGGUGCGGCGACCGGUUCGGGCGGAGAGAUCAGGGACGAAGGAGCCGUAGGACGAGGAAGCAAGCCCAAGGCCGGUCUGGCCGGGUUCACCGUCUCAGACCUGAACAUCCCUGGGUUCGUCCAACCGUGGGAAUCCGAUGUUGGAAAACCGGAACAUAUCGCCUCGGCCCUGGACAUCAUGAUCGAAGCUCCCCUCGGUGGAGCGGCGUUCAAUGACGAAUUUGGCAGACCGGCUUUGGGUGGAUACUGGAGGACUUUCUUGCAAGAGGUCGAGAGCGAACAAAAGGGGUCGACCGAAUGGAGGGGAUAUCACAAGCCUAUCAUGAUCGCCGGAGGAUUGGGAAAUGUCCGACCGGAAUUCGCGCUCAAGGACAAGAUUGAAGAAGGGGCCAAGAUCAUCGUACUCGGUGGGCCAGGAAUGUUGAUCGGUCUGGGAGGAGGAGCGGCCAGUUCGAUGGCUUCCGGAGCGAGUUCGGCCGAUCUGGACUUUGCCUCGGUGCAGAGGGAAAACCCCGAGAUGGAACGUCGGGCUCAACAGGUCAUCGACGCUUGUGUUGGGUUGGGCAAGAAGAACCCGAUCCAGAGCAUCCACGAUGUCGGCGCGGGAGGUUUGUCCAAUGCCCUGCCGGAGCUCGUACACGAUUCGGACCUGGGUGCGGUCUUUGAGAUCAGAGACGUACUCGUCGAUGAUCCGUCAAUGUCGCCCAUGGAGAUCUGGUGUAACGAGUCCCAGGAACGAUAUGUGCUCGCCGUCGGACCCGGAUCCGACCUGGACACGUUCGAGAGGCUCGCCAAGCGGGAAAGGUGUCCUUACAGCAUCGUCGGGACAGCCACCUCGGAAGAGAGGUUGGUCGUCACCGACAAGCUUUUGGGCGAACGCCCGAUCGAUAUCGCCAUGUCGACCUUGUUUGGCAAACCGCCCAAGAUGAAACGAGAGGCCCAGUCGAUCAACCCGAACAGGACGCCGUUCGACUCUACCUUGAUGUCGUAUCUGCCUGCGUACGAAAAGGCUCCUGUUACCAGCCUGAUGGCAGAGGCGAUCAACCGGGUCAUGAGACUGCCGAGUGUCGGGUCCAAGUCGUUCUUGAUCACCAUCGGUGACCGGACCAUCAGCGGGUUGGUCACCAGGGACCAGAUGGUCGGACCUUGGCAGGUCCCCGUCGCUGACGUCGCGGUGACUCGAUCGAGUUAUGGCUUUGACGUCGUCGUCGGUGAAGCCAUGGCCAUGGGCGAAAGGACCCCCUUGGCCCUGCUCGACGCCGGUGCCUCCGCCCGCAUGGCUGUCGCCGAGUCGCUCACCAACCUCGCUGCUGCUUCGAUCGACAGCCUGAGCAAGGUCAAGCUGAGCGCUAACUGGAUGUCGGCCGCUUCGCAUGAGGGAGAGGGUGCCAAGCUUUACGAAGCCGUCAAGGCGAUCGGUGUCGACCUCUGUCCCGCCUUGGGUGUCGGUAUUCCUGUCGGCAAGGACUCGAUGUCGAUGUCCAUGAAGUGGCAGGACGGCUCCGACAAGAAGCAGGUCACUGCUCCCUUGUCUCUGAUCAUCACCGCCUUUGCUCCCGUCGACAACGUCGAGAAGACCUGGACCCCUGAACUUCGAACCGAUGUCGAAGGACCGACUUCGCUCGUGUUUGUGGAUUUGGCUCGAGGCGAGCAGAGGCUCGGCGGAUCUGCUAUCGCCCAGGUAUUCAAGCAGCUCGGUCACGAAGCUCCCGACGUCGUCGAGGCCGGUGAUAUCAAGGCGUUCUUCGGCGCCGUUCAGCACCUCAAGAAGGACCAUCCAGAGACCGUGCUCGCUUAUCACGACCGAUCGGACGGUGGUCUGUUCACCACGAUCGCCGAAAUGGCGUUUGCCGGUCGUUGCGGCGUGGAAAUCUCGGUCGACUCGAUCCAACCUUCCGAGGACGCUAUCGCCGCGCUGUUCAACGAAGAACUCGGAGCCGUCAUGCAGGUCCGUCAGUCUGACAUGCAUGCCUUAACGGACGCCUUUGUCAAGGCUGGCUUCCCUACAAGCCACUUGCACGUCAUCGGUCGAGUCACUGGCCGAGACGCCCAGUCGAUCAAUAUCGUUCACAACAACGACACGAUCUACACGAGCACUCGAGGGGCCGUCCAACAGCUCUGGGCCGAGACCUCGUACCGCAUGCAGGCCAUCCGCGACGACCCCAUCGCUGCAAAGGAAGAGUUUGACCGAAUCCUGGAUGACGCCGAUACCGGUCUGAUCUGCGACUUCAAGACCGAGUUCCUUGCCGAUGUCAAUAAAUCUGCCACGGCGCCCAAGGUGGCCAUACUUCGAGAACAGGGAGUCAAUGGACAGAUCGAGAUGGCUUGGUCAUUCUCUCAGGCCGGAUUCGAAGCCGUCGACGUGCACAUGUCCGACAUCAUUUCGGGCAAGGUCUCGUUGAGUGAAUUCAAGGGAUUGGCUGCUUGUGGUGGAUUCUCCUAUGGAGACGUCCUCGGUGCCGGUAACGGAUGGGCCAAGUCGAUCUUACUCAAUGAGCGGGCCCGAAGCGAGUUCGAGACGUUCUUUAAGCGAGAAGAUGCCUUUACUUUGGGCGUCUGUAACGGAUGUCAAUUCCUCAGUCAGCUGCAAGAGAUCAUCCCUGGUGCCGAGUCGUGGCCCUUGUUCAAGGUGAACAGGAGCGGACGGUUCGAAGGUCGGGUUGCUUCGGUCAAGGUCACCGAGUCUGCUGCCAACUGCAUCUUCCUCAAGGGUAUGGAAGGGUCGACGCUCCCCGUCGCCGUCGCCCACGGAGAAGGGCGUGUAUCGUACACAGAUGCCUCCCGCCUCUCCCAGCUUACGUCGGACGGCCUCGUUGUCGGUCAAUACGUCGACUACAACGGUUCUCCAGCUACUACAUACCCUGCGAACCCCAACGGCAGUCCCGAGGGGAUCACGGCCAUCACAACGACGAACGGGCGGGUCUUGGCCAUCAUGCCUCAUCCUGAACGUACCGUCGCGAGGGAGAGCAUGAGCUGGUUCCCGGUCGGGGAGGGAAAGAAAUGGGACGGCAAGGCCCCCUGGUUCAGGUUGUUCCAAAAUGCGUACGCCUUUGCCACCCAGUCAUAGGUCAAUUUGAGGUCGAUCGGUCAGACGGUGCAUAGAGGAAAAAUUCGUCACCCCCAAAAGCAAAACAUCUUCUUUAGUCAGAUUCCGGCUUCGCCUAUCUCUUGUAUUUCGUCUCUGCAGCAGCAUGUUCAACAGAAAUUAUUCCGAUUCCGAUAUACGAAAAUCUUCAAC